CGGGUUUCGGGUUGACCCAGCCAGGUUGAGUUUGGUUUUUGGUGCGCUACGUACUAGGAGUUGAGUUUGGUGGAGGCCGUGGAGCUACCCUGUAAUCUUCUAUGACUGAGUUCAAAUUUGGGAGAGGACAGAUUGGUUCAUGAAAAAGAGGGUGCGCCUAAUAAGAAUUGCGGUGCGCGAAGGAGGCUCGUUUAUUUUCACAGUAUCAUGUGCUGAUGUGCAGUAAGCCACAAAUUCUUACCGUGGUUGGAUCUAGCUAGUCAUUAUUGAUAUUUUGCCAAUGAAUGUAUUGGAUUCAUGUUAUGAAUGAAUAAUAACUAAUCUUGAAUGAUGAGUUUAAUAACAAAUGUAGACCUUAAAUCCACCUUUGCCAUAAAGAUGAUCAGCAGACAUGGAUUUAGACUAGUGAGAAGCUUCCAUUCUCUCCUCAGCACAUCAACUGAUCACCAGCACCCCCUCCUCGCUUCCUGCAAAGACCUCAAUUCUCUCCUUCAAGUUCAUGCCCACUUCAUCACCUCAGCCCUCGAGAUCAAUUACAGCACCAAAUCGCACCUCAUAAACCUCUACGCUUCAUUCGGGAGAUCCAAUUUGUCCCGGUUAGUUUUUGACUCUGUGCAAAAUGCUCCCGGGAUUUUAUGGAAUUCAAUGAUCAGAGCAUACAACACAACCAGCCAGUAUCCAGAAGCUAUCCAGCUGUUCGAUUUAAUGAUAGAGAGUGGAUUUCAGCCAGACAAGUAUACGUUCACAUUUGCGCUGAAAGCUUGCACUGAGAUGCUGGACUUGGAAAGGGGACUUCGUAUUCAUAAUGAUAUAUCUAGGAGGAAUCUUGAAUGUGAUGUUUUUAUUGGAACUGGACUUGUUACACUCUAUUGCAAAACGAGCGAUUUAAAGAGUGCCAGGAAAGUGUUUGAUGAAAUGCCCAAAAAGGAUGUUGUUGCUUGGAAUGCAAUGAUUUCAGGGCUUUCUCAUAGUUCAGAGCCCUCCCAUGCGUUAGAUUUUUUCAGGUACAUGCAGUUUAGUUGUAGAGUUGAGCCUAAUUCGGUGAGCUUAUUGAACUUGUUUCCAGCAGUUUGCAGGUUAAAGGAUUUGAAGAUUUGCAAGCCCAUUCAUGCAUUUGCUUAUAGGAGGGAAUGUCCCAUUUCUGUCUAUAAUGGGUUAAUUGAUACAUACUCAAAAUGCGGAUACUGCAGUGUAGCUCAUCAAAUUUUUAUUCAGAUGAGAGUGAAAGAUGAUGUUUCAUGGGGUACAAUAAUGGCUGGUCAUGCAUAUACUGGAAACUUUCAUGAAGUUCUAAACUUGUUUGGUUACAUGCAAACAGAAAAUGUGAAAAUCAACAAGGUGUCUGCUGUAAGUGCGCUAUUAGGAGCGGGUGAGAUGCAGGAUCUUGAUAAAGGUAAGGAGAUUCAUGAUUACAUAAUCCAAGAGAGGAUGGACUCAGACGUUAUGGUUGCAACUUCUCUUAUGACGAUGUAUGCAAAGUGUGGAGAAUUGGAGAAGACUAAAGAACUGUUUGGGGACAUACACGAAAGGGAUUUAAUUGCCUGGUCUGCGGUCAUAUCAGCAUUCGCCCAGUCCGGACAUCCAAAUGAAGCACUCUCAGUGUUUCGAGACAUGCAACACGAGAACUUACCUCCCAAUAAUGUGACCCUAGUAAGCGUUUUACCCGCUUGUGGCGAGCUAAUGUCCAAAUUAACAGGUAAAUCCAUUCACUGCUAUGCUGUUAAAACAGAUACUGAUUAUGAUCUUUCAACCGGAACUGCUUUGGUAUCAAUGUAUGCCAAGUGUCUUUUAUUUCCUUAUGCUCUUGGUGUCUUUAAUAAGAUGCCCUAUAAAGAGGUGGUGACAUGGAAUGCUUUGAUAAAUGGAUACUCACAGGCCAGUAGGUCCCACGAUGCACUUGAGAUGUUUCUGAUGAUGAGGUUAUCCAGGCUACAACCAGAUCCUGGAACCAUGGUGGGCGUCCUCCCUGCUUGCACUGUUCUGAGUGACAUCCAUCACGGAACUUACAUCCACGGUCAAGUUAUCAAAUACGGGCAUGGGUCGGACCGCCAUGUGGCGAACGCUCUCAUUGACUUCUAUUCCAAAUGUGGGGAACUCCCAUCUUCUGAAUUCCUGUUUAACAAUUCCUCUUUCCAUAAAGACGAAAUCUCAUGGAAUACCAUGAUUACUGGGUAUGUUCAGAACGAAUGUGCCAAGGAAGCAAUAUCUACCUUCUCUGACAUGAUGAGACUAUCGCCUUUCCAGCCUAACAGUGUCACCAUUGCUACCAUCUUGCCAGCUGUCUCGUCUCUCACAUUGCUAAAAGAAGGAAUGGGGAUACACACGUACAUUAUCAAGAAAGGGUUUUUAUCCAAUACCCUUGUCAUAAAUAGCAUGAUCGACAUGUACGGAAAAUGUGGGCGACUCGACAUGUCUGACCUGUUAUUCCACGAAAUGAAGAAUCGGGACACAGUUUCUUGGAACGUGAUGCUUGCCGCGUGUUCCGUGAACGGAAGCGCCGAAUUAGCUCUCUCGGUCUUCUCGCGCAUGGAAGAGGAGAAUGAAAUACAUAUCGAUUCUCUUUCCUUCAUUAGUAUAUUGUCUGCGUGCAGGCACGCAGGCAUGGUAGAGGAAGGCAGGAACAUGUUCUGGAACGUUAUGCAGAAGAAAUACCAACUCAGCCCAUGUGUGCAGCACUACGCGUGCAUGGUAGACUUGCUGGGCCGUGCCGGGUUGUUUGAUGAGACCAUGGAUUUGAUUAACAAUGAAAUGCCUAUGGAACCCGAUGGUGCUGUUUGGGGAGCGCUGCUUGGUGCAUCUAGAAUGCAUUUUAAUGUUGAGUUAGCCGAGCUGGCAUUAAAGAAUCUCACGAAUCGUGAAGCAGGAAAUCCGGCUCAUUAUGUGGAGCUGUCAAAUAUAUACUCACAAUCAGGCAGGUGGGAUGAUGCGGGGAAAGCAAGAGGUAGGAUGCAUUUCACUGGGUUGAAGAAGUCUCCAGGGUGUAGUUGGGUGGAAGAAGGGAUUAUGAGUUGCUUGUAACUGUGAAAGAUGUAUAUAGAUGUGGGCUAUAGAUAUUUAUACGGAGUAUUAGUUUCAAGAUUAUGUGUAUGCUUGUAUUGUUAUGGGUAGGUUUGUAAAUAGGCGGUAAGACUAGUGUGCUCAAUGGAUGCUUGCCAAAAAUCUCUGUUUUGUGAAUCUUUCUCGUAUUAGUGCGCC